AUGGAACAACAAUGGAACAAAUAUUCAGAUGAAUCUGAUGAUUUACCACUCAGUCGGUUGAAAAAAAAUGAUUUUUAUGAUCUUCUGCCUACGCCUGUUAAAGUUCAAACAUGCACACCGACUGUUAGACGAAAAGCCAUAAAUUAUCGAGGUACUCCAAUCACAAAAGAUCUAUUUGAUAAAUAUAAUCAAGAGAAAAUAAAUAGUAAAGAAGUGAAAGGUAACAAAAGAAAGAAAAAUAAACAAGACGAAAACUUUACUGAUGUUAAAACAGGUAGAAAAGAAAAAACGAAGUUUAAAAAGACUUUAAAUCCUAAGAAAGCUAAAAUCGUAUCUGCAAAAAAGUCUACUACCGUCAAAGGUAAAUCACAAAAACAAGUGAGUUGGUACUGUCAUGCCUGCAAAGAAGAUAGAAUGGACGAUGCGAUGAGGCAAUGCUCGCGAUGCUCCAAGUGGUACCACGAAGAGUGUGUCGGUUUGACUGCAGAAGAUACUGAUGAAUUUCAAUGUCCUGAUGAAUGCGAAUAA